AUGAGCGAAGGAAAAGGGUACGAGGAAUACGUCUUUUAUCGUUACACGCCAACACUCGCGGGUGUAGUGAUCUUCGUACUCCUAUUUGAGUGCACGACUAUCUAUCAUGCGUGGCAAACCUGUCGCAAGCGAUCGUGGUUCAUGGUCCCAAUCAUCAUCGGCGGAAUCUUUGAAACCAUUGGGUAUAUCGGGCGCGCGCUGUCGCAUAACGAUCGAGAAGCUCUUGGUCCCUACGUCAUACAAACUCUACUUCUCCUUCUCGGACCCGCCCUUUUCGCCGCAAGCAUCUACAUGAUCUUAGGUCGCAUUAUCCUGCUAACGGAUGGAGAACGAUACUCGCUAAUACGACGUACAUGGCUUACGAAGAUCUUCGUCGGUGGCGAUGUCCUCUCAUUCCUCACCCAAUCUGGGGGCGGCGGUAUCAUGAGUGGUGCAGACGAGGACAACCCUGACAAUAUGAAGAUUGGGGAGAAGGUGAUCAUCGUGGGUCUCUGUAUCCAGGUCAUCUUCUUCGGUUUCUUUGUCCUCACGGCUUUUGUGUUCCAAAAGCGCGGACGCGAACACCUCCUGGCAUUGGAGGGCUGGGUGCUAUGGAGGAAGCACUUAUACGUGCUUUACGGCACAUCGGUCUUAAUCUUAGUCAGAUCUGUCUUCCGAGUGGCUGAAUAUGCACAGGGUAACGACGGGUUCGGUACAUUCAUAUCAUCUUCCUUCUUAUUAACUACCACGUCACUACGCCGACUGAGAAUUUCAUCAGGCGAGAUGGCACUUCAAGGACAAUUCUUCUUCUCAUACAAACCCUCAGUUGCAGCAGUCGUGAUAGCAGCCCUCGUCUUCAGUGCGAUAACAGCAAUACACGUAUAUCGAUUCGUGAAAAAUCAUAAGACAAAGCGCAUCAGGCUACUACUUGUGCUCUCCAUGGCGUCAUUCAAUGAAGUGUUGGGCUACGCGCUACGCAUCCCAGGAAGCAGGAGUAGUCGUACCGGUGCUAUUCAUGCAUUGAGUCCACUUCUCUUAAUCUUUACACCCCUGAUGGUGACCUCAGUCAUAUACUACAUUUUCUCCAAGAUCUCCACAGCUGUCGCACCACAUUGUGUUCCGCUUAAGUCUUCUUUGAUGCUCAAGAUCUUGAGCGGAGUAGAUCUCGUAUGCCAGCUUGCAAUUUCAGCAGGUGUUAUGGUAGCGGCUCGAGCGAACUCCAGCGCUGGUAAAGGAGUCUUGUUGGCUGCAAUUGCUAUACACGUCAGCAAUGCUAUGGGCUUUGUGGUUGCUGUUGUUAUCUGGCAGCGCCGAGUGGGUGGGAAAUGGAUCGGAGGUCUAGAUCACCUGUCCAUCUCCACGCAACGAGAUGUGCUGGCAAUUUACAUUGCAACGGGUCUCAUUAUGCUACGCAGCUUAUUACGCUUCAUCGAGUUCGCAUGCGGUCCUAAUGGACCAUUUCAGGACCACGAGGCUCCAUUCUAUAUCUACGACUUUCUUCCUAUGGCGGUCGUAUUGAUUACAUGCAUCCAAUGGUAUGACAGUGACAACAUUCCAGCUUCGUAUCGCUCAAGGAAUUGGGAAUUAGAAGAAGUAGGUGUGCAAGAUGCGUGA